AACCAGCUGAUGAAAUGGUGACGUGAGGGGAUAAUGGCUGGGAUCCAGGCAGAGUGGAACUGAAGGUGGAGGCAGUGUGGCUGAUAAGAAGGAGCGGGCAGGUAGCUGAAGAGUAGGUGAUGAUCCUGAGGCACAGGAAAAAACAAGGGUAAGUAUGUCAACACGAAGAGAAAAAAGGAUCUUCAAUUUAACUAACUGGGCGAGAGAGUAGCUACCAAUCAUGCAGCGACAACGAUCUGCCGGAGAGUGGAUGAAGAACCAGGAUUGACAUACUGCCUGCCAGCCAGCCAUCUACCAGCUCUCCAUCUGCUGCUUCCAAGUUUCAAGGAUGAGAAACAUCAGAGCAAGAACCGUAUUGCUGGCAGGAGGUCUUAGUCUGUUGGUCCUCCAUCUCUGUAAAGAUUUUAUCGACCUCAAAACCACUAAGACCAUCUCUCACCUCCAUCUCAAUGUGAAAAGAAACAACCCUCAAAUAAGACAACACAUCAAAAACAACUCCCAUGUAUUCUCCUGGCAAAGAUGUCAACAAAAUAUGUCUAUUGCCAACAUCUCAGGCUUCAGCUCUCUUCCUGGUAGUAUUAAAGACUUUCUCUACCAUCGACACUGUCGCCAUUUCCCCAUGCUGCUUGACCUUCCUGACAAAUGUGGAGGAGCUGGUAAGUCAGCAGAUGUCUUCCUUUUACUGGUCAUUAAAAGCUCCCCUGGGAACUACGACCGUAGAGAGGUGCUGCGGAAAACCUGGGCCAAAGAGAGGUUACAUAACGGCAUGUUGAUCCAAAGGUUGUUCAUCUCAGGAACAACAAGUUCUGGAUUUGAGAAGAAGAGACUGAACAAGCUCCUUGAGGUGGAGCAACGCGAGUACAAUGACAUCCUCCAGUGGGACUUUAGUGACACAUUCUACAACCUCACCUUGAAGCAGAUACUCUUCCUAGAGUGGAUGGAAAGAAACUGCCCGAAUGCUCGCUUCCUGCUGAAUGGUGAUGAUGACGUCUUUGCCAACACAGACAACAUGGUCGAGUAUCUCCAAAGCCUUAAGGAUAACGAUGGAAGCAAGCACCUCUUUACCGGCCAUCUCAUCCAGAAUGUUGGGCCCAUUAGAUCAUCAGGGAGCAAGUAUUUUAUCCCAGUUCAGGUACAGGAGUCAGACUCAUAUCCCCCCUACUGUGGUGGUGGGGGCUUCCUGUUGUCCGGCUAUACUGCUUUGGUCAUAUACAAUAUGUCCCAGUCCAUAACCAUUCUUCCCAUUGACGAUGUUUACAUGGGGAUGUGUUUGGCCAAAGCAGGACUCGGUCCUACAUCCCACAUGGGUGUGAGGACGGCAGGACUGCACAUUCCCUCCAGCAGUGUAGAUGGAUACAACCCUUGCUACUAUAAAGAGGUUUUACUGGUACACAGAUUCCUUUCAGCUCACAUGUUUCUUAUGUGGCACAGAAUACACGACCCGAAUCUCAAAUGUGGAUCCUCCUAGAAAAGGCUUCAGCAGCAGCAGACUCUAACUUCCAGUUGGUGACAGGGCUUAUUGAUACUUUGCUUCCUGCUCCUGCUCUUUGCGGUUGUGAGUGAAAUAUUACCGUCUUCAUACUAUCAAUUCUACCGCUGUUCAUCCGCCCAAUGGAACUUUUUAUAUUCUUAAAGUCAUCAAUGUGGACCAGCAGCCAGUCAAAUGGGCACAGAAGGGGUGGGGGGUGAUAGAGCUUUUUUCUCCUUAUACUCUAUGGAUGAGUAGCUUUCACUGGAAUGAAGGGGCUGCUAGGUUUUUUUUCCCCCCUUAUUUAUUGUUUUGUCGACUUAAAAUGAGGUUGCAAAACUUUGUAUCAGGCUUCAAAACUAAGCUAAAUCAGAGCAGAGUAGUCAGUACAGACCAAUUUAUAAUUUUAAUACUGACACUAAACAGUGAUUGUCCAUAGCUUUGCAACCAUAAGCACAACAAGCUUUGGAUUUCUCCAUGUGUUGAACCAGUGGGUAGGUAGGAUUCUAAGAGCAUUACUCAAAUGUUUUUUUUUCUUGUUUUUUUUUUUUGCCUUUCCAGAGCUGUGAAUACAGUACAAGUGUGAGAAAUUGAUUAAAAAGCGCAUUUUCUGUUCUACUGUAAGCUACAAACAUGCAUGUCCAGGCAGCUGAUUUGAUUACUAACUGCAGAAGUCAUUUAACCCAGCAUUACUUCUGUAGGGUUACAACAUAGGUCAAGUGCAAAUAAGAACCUUCUUUCAGGGUUCUCACUGUAAAACACGUUAGUUGAAAACAUUUAAAAGUCAGCAGGUGGCAGGGUUUGUACUACAUUACUAAGAAUUCAGGGUAGUACAUUUUGCUGAGUACCGGUAUCACUAUAAACUAUAUGUGAGUUUGUGCUGUGUGAGAAUGAUAAGCCUGACGAAGGCAAGAGUUAAUUCAUCUUUAAGUGAAAAUAAGGAUUGAUGAUUUAUUCAGAGGCUUGUUUUCUGUAUGGCUAUUGCAACAUAUAACAUAUUCUGAUAUAUAUCAUAACACGGAUGCUUUUAGUUAUUUUACAAACUAUAUGUGGAGUUUGGUUUGUCAUGCAUUGGUGUAUAGGGCCUUUAAAUGUUUUGUUUCCUAUGGACACAUAGUUCAGCCAUAACUAUGGUAAAGUUUCUGGCCUAGCCAUUGUUGAAGACCACAGACUGUGUCAUUUCUAAGGUUGGGUAUUGAUUCACAAUACAUUCUGAUUGCUACUUGAAUCAUGUCCAUAGCACAUAAUUGUCCCAAAAACUACCAAAGGUUAGAAUCAAAUGCUUCGUAGUUAUGUUAGCUUAUUUAUUGAUGAGAUAUUUCUUGUUUUAAAUUAAUAUAAAUUCUAAAAAGUAUUUAUACUGUGGGCCUAUGUAGGAAAAUGUAUCUGGUAUUAAAACCAUUUUACAAUACUCUUUGGUGUGAAUGGUGCUGGGGGUUAUACAGUAUAUCCACAAUCUUAUAUAAAUGUCAGUCAAAAAUAAUUUCUCAGGGUUUCUUCAAAUUGAUUAUGUUAUCUGCUUAAGUUUAUAAUUUUAUAGUUUUCUUGAAUUUAAUUAUAUUUUUGUAUAACCUUUAUAUUUGUGUUGUAACAAUAUUUUGAGGAAGAAAUGAAUGUAUGUUUUGUGCCUUAUAUCAGUGCUUCUAAACCAGGAACCACUGUCAGAAGUUGAGUUCAUGUACUGUCAGAUAAGAGUCUUUUUUUAAGUUUGUCUAUUGAAUGUAUCUAUUUUAUUUUCAAGAAGAGGCUAUAUAUUGUAAUAUUUUAUAGUUAAUGGCUGGGAGAUGAAAUUGUGUGCUGCAUACUAAACAUGGAUUUAAUAAAAACUAAAAACUAAA